AUGGAUAUGGAUUUGAUACUUGAGCGACUUGGAGUGGAAGAAGGAGUGAUACGGCGCUUCAGACAGGAGAAGAUAACACCGGACAUCAUAUCACUUAUGUCACUGUACGACUUUAAUUGCUUGGGUGUAAAUGACAAAACAACUAUCAUGAAAUUGCGUGUUGAAUGUGUUUGUUACCGGAGUAAUCCGUGGGCACAUAAUAAUGAUAGUACACGGUGUCGGAAUAUACGUUUUGAAAUUUCAAGUAUCAUGAUUGAAACAUUGUUCGAAGCCGGAUAUUCAGUGAAGGACACUAGUAUUGCACUUGGGGUUUCUGAAAGUACCUUAUUCCGGAAGAUGGGUCAAUUUGGCUUGUCAAAGCUCGCAUUUACAGAAAUUGAUGAAGAAGAACUAAACAUUGUUGUUGCCACGACCAUCACUGAAUUUCCUAGGUGUGGAGAAGAAAUGCUGCGAAAAGUUUUACUUCAAAAAGGAAUUAAGGUUCAACGUUUCAGGCUUCGUCAGUGUCUGAAACACCUAGACGAAGAUGGAAUUCGUGCACGAAAAAGAAGGCGAUUACGACGUCGCAUUUACAACGUUUCAGCUCCAAAUUGUUUAUGGCACAUUGACAGCAACCAUAAAUUAAUUCGAUGGCAUUUUGUUAUAAUAGGCGGCAUUGAUGGUUUCAGUCGUUUAGUUACAUAUCUUAGAUGCACGGACAACAACAAAGCGGAGACGGUUUUGCAUUGCUUCAGAGAUGGUGUUUCGAAAUUUGGAGUUCCUGACCGGGUCAGAUCAGAUCAAGGCCGUGAAAAUAUGAAGGUUGCCGACUUCAUGAUAAAUGCUCGCGGGACAGGACGUGGAAGUAUGCUCACUGGUAAAAGUACACACAAUCAACGUAUUGAACGAUUGUGGAGGGACGUGUAUGACGGAGUCUUGAGUUAUUUUUAUGACUUAUUUUACUUUUUAGAAGACAAUGGCCGGCUUGACAUUUUAAAUGAAAUAGACUUGUUUGCACUUCAUUACGUAUUUAUUUCAAAGAUAAAUGAAAGGUUAAACACCUGGCAAGGUGCAUGGAAUCACCAUCGAAUACGAACAGUGAACUCAACACCAAUGCGGCUUUACACGGCCGGUAUGAUGGACAACCCAUCAGCACAUGUUGAUGAUAUUCUUCCAAACACUCGUACAGAAUCUUCGUCUGAUGAGGAUAUGGAGUCCCUGGACAACAGGCCAGUAUUAUCAUCUCUUCAAAUAAGUGUUGAAGAAAACCGGAUGCGACGGCUCCACGAGCUAUGUCCUCAAAACUGGAGGUCAAACAAUCACGGCAUAGACAUCUUUUUGACAGCUAAACAGAUAUUAAGUGAAUGACAACACAAUUGAUUGCUAGAUUUUUACAAGCUGCUUUAUGAUUUCCAAGCGAAGUUUAAGGGGCCUGUUCAUAGACGUUUAACCUUUGCAGAAAGUGUUUUCGUGACAUCUAUACCAACAUACGUUUCAAUUAUCAAAGCAAUUUAUUUAGUCCCCGAUAUGUAAAUUGACUUAAUUAAAUCUACUAAAACGCAAGUAUUCAUUUUUAUAAUAUUUUGUACUUAAUUAUGGUUAUUAUAGUGUAUUAAAAUCUAUACUUCAAGAUACAAAUGCACUUCCUUCAUUUGCGCUAUCAACGUAACAUUUUCAUUUUCAAUAUUAAUUGAGAAUGAGCAAUUUUAUGAUGACAGAGGUGCAAAUUCAGCAUACUCCGCCUGCACAUUAUUUUUAUCACAUGCUAUACCUUGCUUCCCCAUAUUAUACAGCCAUUACGAAUAGUUUUAUAAUAAACAUGUGUAAUAUACCUUUAAGCGUUUUUAUUGGCUAGUUUUCAUUAAACUGACCACGUGAUAAUACGGAAUAUUACGCUAGUCAAUUGUUUCAAUUGUUCCGCCCCAGAGACAUGCCUGUUCGUCCGUCGGAACUGACAUUUACCCAGCACACUUCAAUGUAUGUGACCUACUUUUCGCCACUAAUGUAUACCUCAAGGUUGCACCAUUUGAUGACUAACAAGCAUAACAAAAAUAAUCAUAUUUAUGGUUUGUUACAUUCAUUUCCUCGUUUAUGAACUACUGUAGGUCAAGAGGGUUGAUGUGAAUGAGGAAAUACGGUGUUAUUUUUGUCAACACCAUUUCAAUCAUAUAACGGAGUUCAGCUGCUUCUUAGUGCAACAAGCA